UGAGGCUCUGUUUUGAGACGGCGUGUCAUUUCCACUCCAUGACGCUAGAGGGAGCCAGUCUGACUUUCGACCCCACGCUCAGCGACAGCGAGUUUGUUGUGAAAGGAACUCUGAGUGUGAGGCUGACUAACGAGCCGUCAUGAAUGAGAAUUUCGACCGAACUCCUGGAGCGGGGAGAAGCCGAAACCUACCUGGAGAGCCCGGGUUCGUGGGUUCUGCCGUGGAUGGUGAGACCAGAACCACGCUGUUCAAUCAGAGGGAACCUUUGAGACAGCCGCGGACAUGCCCGCCAUUUGCCGAGAACAACUCGAGCUCUACCAACGACGUGGGAGAUUUAAAAAGACAGAACAAACCCCAACAACAUUCCAAUGCCAACAGCACAUCAGCCUCCAGACGGUGUAAUGAUGUGGAUUCUUUGGCCUUGUCAUCAACGCUGUCAGCCAAUGCCCCAGAGUUUGUCCCCUCUGGAUUUGGCCCAUUUGACGAGGACCCCGCUUUUUAUGAUGAUAGUCAAAGCUACGUUGAACCGACCCUGGACGACAUGGUCACUGAGUUCCUUGGCCACCUGAGCUCCUCACCUGGGUCCUUUGAGUCGGACGUUGAACAGAUUACUGGCAUGCUCAAUGCCUGGGUCACUACCGAAGAGUCGUUGCAUGAGCUGGUGGAACUGAUCUACACACAGUCUACUGCCAUUCCAAACUUCUCGUAUACGGGUGCCAGGCUCUGUAAUUAUCUAUCCCAUCACCUCAAUAUCAGCCCACCAAGUGGCAACUUUCGCCAGCUGCUGCUGAAAAGAUGUCGAACAGAGUUUGAACAGAGAGAUGCUGCUGUUCAAGGAGACACGGAAACCCAGAAGAAAUUCCACUCCUUUGUGCUUUUUCUGGGAGAGCUCUAUCUGAACUUGGAGGUCAAGGGUGGAAAAGGAAAACGAGCAGAUAUCCUUCUCUCUGCUCUGAAUGACCUGAUGAAGAGUCUGUUUGAUAAACCUGUGGAUGCAAAUCUCAUCUGUGCUGUUAAACUACUUAAGCUGACAGGCUCAGUACUUGAUGACGCGUGGAAAGAGAGCGGAAAGCAACACAUGGAAGAGCUGAUCCGCAAAAUUGAAAAUGUUCUACUGGAUGCCACCUGCAGCAGGGACGUCAGACAGAUGCUUUUGAAACUAGUUGAAUUGAGAUCUAGUGAUUGGGGCAGAGUCCGGUCUGCUGCAGCAGCCAGCAACGCCACCCCAGACAACGAUCCCAACUACUUUAUGAACGAACCCACAUUCUACACUGAAGAUGGAACUCCUUUCACAGCAGCAGAUCCAGAAUAUGCUGAAAAAUACCAAGAGAUCAUGGAAAGGCAGGACUAUUUUCAUGACAUGUAUGGGGAGAAUGGAAAUGAAUUAUCUGAAGACUCUGACGACGAGAUGGGGCCUGAGAUAGAAGAAGCUUUUGAGAGUUUUUAUUUAGAAUCGGAGAGGAAACGAAAACAAUGACGUGAGACACAUACAUACUGUACUUCUCCCUAUCAACUUGCUGGAAUGUUGAAAAGCAGAGUAAACUAGCAUCUGAUAGGUUCAAACUUUCACUUAACUGCAAACAAGCAUUUUAACAAAAAGAGCUGUUCAUAGUUGCACUCCUGACACUUUUCUCAGCGUUGAUUAGAAAAUGGGGACAAUCAACAGGACAACUGUUUGAUAUAUUGAGGUAUUAUUGUGUUUUCAGACAUGGAAGUUCUCUCUGUGUUGUUUUGAAUUCUUUAAGUAACUCCUUUCCUUUAAACCGAAACUUAAUGCCAAGAGGAAAAUAGUGUGCUGUGAAUUUGUUUUAGAGUUCUUUUUGGAACGGGAGAAAAGUUUCAACAAAUGUGUGCAUAGUUUUGAUCUAUUUUUGUGCAUAAUUUGAUGUUUUAAUUCAUACCCCAAUGCAGAAAGUGCAGGCCAAAACACUCAUCAGAGAUCAUUAGUUUUCAUUUAAAAAGCACUGUGCAUAGCUGAGGUAGGUGUUUCACUGCAUACCUGUACAAUGCAUACACAGCCUCUAUCCCCGCUGUUUCAAAGGUUUUGUUAUCAGAUUGUUGAUAUGAAACGCUACGCAGUUUACCUGAGUUGUCGGUCUCUGAAAGGCUGUGCAGUGUGAAAAUCCAUAACAGCACCAAAAUACAAAAACUCAAUACAUACUUCACUAAUCUAAAAGUAUGAUCUGACUGGUUCUUGUUGAAAUCUUAUUUUGGGAUUUAAGUCAAUAUUUUAAGUAAAUGUAUGUUUCAAGUGAUGAUUCAAAGUUCUGAAAAUGCAGUGAAUCUAACCCCAGUUUAUUUCCUGAAUGUAGCUUUAAAAAUCUAUGCGGCGCAUUGCAGUAUGCAGCGGUCAGUGUGACCUCACUUAACUGCAAGGAGGAUUCAUACUCAUUUAAGACUGAAAGACUGUUGACCAGCAAUCCAUGGAGCCCAAAAAAAGGAAUGUUGUUUUAUAGUUUGUAAAUAUAAUUUAUGCUAUUGUUUGCCUGCAAUAAACUCUUUAUAAUGUGAGAUUUUA